UAUAAUGAAAACUAAUUCACCUACAAUUCAAUUUUGGGAUGAUUCUUCCUGAACUGUUUCUGAAGAGUACAGUGAGUCUCCUUCCAAAAAUAACGUUUAUCACUGGAAAGGGAAUGCCAAUGCCCUCGGAGAUGUUACCGGAAAGUCCAAAAGCUCAUCAAAAGUUUUCUAUCAGCCUAUUCUAGAUGAGGACUCUUGAUUGAAAGAAUCAAAGGGAAAAAUUGUGAGAAGAAGCGUUGAAUUAUCAAAACCGACUUUUAUACUUCCUCAAGACUCAAAGACUCGUGGGUCUUGCUAUAAAGUUGUUAAAAAACUCAGAAAGUCUUCAUCCUCAGAUGUACUUCACUUUCCUAGGAACUCUGAAGAAAUCAAACCUUCGAAUUGGAAAGAAAAAUGUGAGGAGAGCCAAAUGAUCCCUUCAUCAAGGAUCCUCCUCCUGCUCCACAAGAAGUCUUAACUCUUCAUGUAGCUGUUUAAGAAGGAGUGGCUUCUCAGCCGAUAAUCUUAAUUCCUCAUAAAAUACAUUUA